GGUGCAUCGUCAGGACUUGGCCUUGCCUUGACUAAACGCGUCCUUGCGCGCGGCGACCGCGUCAUAGCCGCCGUGCGGACACCCUCCAAGUUGUCCAAUGUCUUCUCCGACGAUGAGAGCUCACGCGUGAAUGUUCUCGAAAUGGACGUGACCGAGCCGUAUUCUCAGAUCAAAGGGAAAAUCGACAGCGCAGUGAAGAAGUGGGGUCCCGUCGACGUCCUCGUGAACAACGCUGGGCUUGGGAUCAUGGCCCUCACUGAAGAGGGAGGGUGCGAAACGAUGAUGCAACAGAUGCAAACGAAUUUUUUUGGUGUCUUGAAUGUUACCAACGCUGUACUUCCAUAUUUGCGGGAGCGCAUGCGCGGCACGAUCGUCAUAAUUGGCAGCCGUUCUGCCUGGCGGAACGAAUUUGCUGUAAGACUCUAUUCGGCAUCAAAAGCGGCCGUCCACUCAUACGGAGAGACCCUGGCGGCCGAAUUGCAGCCCUUCAACAUCCGCGUGCUGAUAGUCGCUCCAGGCUCUUUCAGAACGCCAGGCAUCUACCCGCCAACUAUCGUCGGCGAUCCACUACCCGGCUACGAGCGCCUUCGAGCGGACACGGAGAAGAGACUGACAACGCUCGUGACAAGACCGAACCAGGGGGAUCCCAUGAGGGGUAUGGAUGUAGUUGUUGACGUCGUGAAAGGCGAAGGACGGGAAGAGCCAUCAGAGUGGCCACUGUGGUUAUUCCUCGGCGAGGACGCGAUGAGCGAUGUUAGAGCUAAGAUCGGGAGAAUCACGAAGGCUUUGGACGCGUGGGAGUCAGUCGGAUCCAAUCUUGGGUUUCUUGAGAAGAACUGA